CGAUGUCCACAGGGCAAGCGGGCGUGAACCAGCUCGGCGGCGUAUUCGUCAACGGGCGGCCGCUGCCAGACGUGGUGCGCAAGCGCAUCGUGGAGCUCGCCAUCAUGGGCGUGCGGCCCUGUGACAUCAGCAGACAGCUGCUGGUGUCACACGGGUGCGUGUCCAAGAUACUGACGCGGUUCUAUGAGACGGGCAGCAUUAGACCAGGCUCCAUAGGCGGAAGUAAAACCAAGCAAGUGGCGACCCCGACCGUCGUCAAGAAGAUCCUGCGGCUCAAGCAGGAGAACCCUGGCAUGUUCGCUUGGGAGAUCCGCGAGCGGCUGCUGAGCGCGCGCGUGUGCGAACCCCACUCCAUACCGUCCGUGUCGUCUGUGAACCGGAUCCUGAGGAACAGCGGGCUGGCGUGGAGUGAGGAUGAAGGCCGGAGCGAUUCCUACCCGCCAUCAGAACCUCAAAACGUCAUGGAUUACAUGUCGUUGAAGAACCUACCGCCAUCUAUGCCAUCUCAGCAGAACCCACCGUACUUCGCGCACACCGCAGUCAGGAUCCCGCCCCCUCAAGCCUCGGAGCCGCUUUACGACAGGCGGCUCGCCACCUCCUGGCUCCUCGCCAACCAGGUCCAAGCCCAAGGCCUCUUGAAACCCUACCCCAUAUCCCCAUGGCAGAGGAUCAUGAUCCCCUACCAUCCAGACUCGAAAAACUUCUCACCAUACGCCAUUAAUCUGCACAACGAUCUUUUAACCAGGAUCAAUCCAGAUGAGGUAAAAUCCGAGAAUUCUGAGCACAUUUCUGUAGAAGCAAGCGACGACAGCAGAGAUAAACAAGAGACGGAAGAAGAGAGAAAAACGCCACAUGAAAAAGAGAAGAAGAAAAACCCUUAUUCCAUCGAAGAGCUUCUGAAGAAGCCAGAUAAAAUGGUGAAUUCGAAUCCUGUCGUGUUCCAGAACUUUCUGCGACAGCCUAGCGGGAGUUUGAUAGAGUAUGGGAGGGAGAAGGACUCUAGUAACAGAAGCUCGCCUGCCAGCUUCUGCUCGGGCCAGAGUUCCACCGAUGGCUUCGCAGAAUCGGACAGACCUGAAAUAAAAGCAGGCAACUAAAAUGUGAUAGGCAGCUGUUUAUCACUGGCCAUUG